AUGAGCCGCCAUCAUCCCGAGGAACUGUGCAGCGGAAUAGGAGAUGGUAUUUCGAUUUAUAUCCGCUGGAAUGAUGCUCGCCUUGUUGUCUACCUAAAUCGCUCCCAGACAAGCAUGGGUGUUUCCUCAAUCGAAAACAGUUUCCUCGAUAGUUAUAAUGAGGCUUGUAACAACGACGACAUCGAAGAAGCCGAGUCUCUAUCCGAUGAAAUCCUUGAUGCUGUCGUCGAGGCUGGAAGAGACACCUUCGACCGUCUAGCCCCACCGCCUUCCCCUUGCGACAAGUCUUCCCAAGAUCUACAUACUCUACUUCUUCCCAAGGAAUAUUCCUUUUCAUUCCAAGCCUUGAACGGAAUAGCAGAGGUGGUGCAGAAAGACUGUGGUGCCGGACAGGACACUGUUCUCCUUGGUCAAUCUGGCCAACCAUUCCACCUCAACAUCGACAAAGAUUGCAAGCUACCAAUCUAUUCUACUAAAGAACUCCAUGUCGUCGAAAACCUUCUUAACGCGGGUUACAUCGCCGCCGGAGACAGCAAGGGCGAGGACGCCACGCAGCGAGAACUUGAAAGCCUCUGGCAGAUUACGAAAUCCCCUCACGCAGCUGCCAUCCGCGUGCCCAAGCUCCUAGGCUUAAUCGCGAAUCCCCAAAAUGGCAAAACUAUUGGGUUUCUGGAGGAAUAUAUCCCUGUCUCCGAAACCUGGGAGUUGUCAACACUUGGAAGCAUCGAUGAUGUUUCUGCAAUUGACGAGGGCCGUCGGAGGAAGUGGGCAUCUCAGGUUCAGGAUACUGUUGAUCUCCUACAUAAGAUUGGGAUUACAUGGGGUGAUGGCAAAGCAUCUAACGUAUUGAUUCAUCGCGAAACUGACGACGCAUGGGUCAUUGACUUCGGGGGCGGAUGGACGGAAGGCUGGGUAGAUGAGGAAUUAAGCGGGACGGUGAAGGGAGACGAGGUCGCAGUCAAAAAGAUCAUGGAAUACUUGCAAGUUUCGUAG